AUGUCGGGGCCGCAGGGGCAGGGAAGUGGGCGCCGGGGCCGCGCAGCCGCUCUGCUCGCCCCUGAGCUCCAGGGCCGACUUAGCUGCGGGGACGCGGGGCAGGUGCUCGUUUUCUCCGGAAGGCGGGAGGGAGCGUCCGGGAGUGCGGCCCCUGGCCGUCGCCGUGGGGCGCCCUGGAGGGUGACGGGGCACCGGAGCGUCGGCCCGUCCUCACCAGGGACGUCCCCCUCUCUCGGGACUCCGAGCGGAAAGCGCUUUUCCACCCGUCAUUUAACAGCGGAUCCCGGGACCCGCGAAUGCAGCCCUGAGGAUUUGGCUACUGCCUAUAACAACAGGGGGCAGAUCAAGUACUUCAGGGUUGAUUUCUGCGAAGCCAUGGAGGACUACACGUCGGCCAUAGGAGUCCAGCCCAAUUUUGAAGUUCCCUAUUACAACCGAGGGCUGAUCCUGUAUAGGCUGGGAUACUUUGAUGAUGCCUUGGAAGAUUUCAAGAAAGUAUUAGACUUAAAUCCUGGAUUUCAAGAUGCGACUUUGAGCUUAAAGCAGACUAUGCUAGACAAAGAAGAAAAACAAAGAAGAAACUAUUGAAAAAUUUAACUUUGAAAUAUUAAUUCAUGAUCCAUACAGCUGGCGUCUCACUGUCUCUAGUUUAAAGUAGGUGUUGAGUGAUUUUUAUUUAUAUUUAAGAUAAAAAGCUUCAUACAUGAGCACUAAAAGUUAAAUAGUUGGUUUAAGGUAGUUAAUUUCAGAUUAAGUAUUUAUGUUGAAUAGGUAUGCUUUUUAUAAAGUAUAAAUAAGUAACAACAAUGUAUAAUUAUAUGUGUUAACAGUAAAAUAUGUAAAGAAAUGUGUGAUAUUUUUAGUAAAAUAAUUUUUUGCUAUAUUUUUUGUCCCAAUUUUUUAUAAAAUUUAUAGGAAAUUUGAAAUAUAAAAUAGUAAACACCCUUUAGAUUCACCAGUCGUUAAAAUUUUCACACUUGCUUUUUCUCUAUAUUUAAAUAUGUAACUUUUUGCUGAACCAUUUGAAAAUCAGUUGCAGACACCAUAAUGCUUUCCCACUAAAUAUUUUAGCCUGCAUCUUCUAAGAAUAGAGACAUCCUCCUUUACAGCCACAAUGCCAUUAUAAUACCUAAUAAAAUAAACAGUUCUAUAAUAUAAUCCGUACCCGGCCUCAAUUCUAACUUUACCAAUUGUUUCCAAAAUGUAUUGUGUAGAUUUUUAUUUCUGGAUCUGGAAUUACAUUGCAUUUUGUUAUGUCUCUUUGAGUUCUUAAAAAAAUUUUUUUUUCUUAUUGUUGACUGUAUUACAGAUGUCCCCAAUUUCCCCCACCUUUGCUCCCUUUCUCCCCACCCCUGCCCUACCCCAGGCCUUUAUUCUUUGAGUUCUUUUAAUCUAGAAGAGUCCCCUGCCCAUGUUCUCCCCAUGCCAUUAGCUUUGAGAGCAGAGCUAUCUUAUGUAGCGAGAAAGAGAGAUGUAUCAUUUGGGGUUUGAAAGAAUUCAACUUCCACUGACUUUCUCUAGAAAUCACUGAUAAGGUAGGUUAGGAUUUAAAUAUUGAACAUAAUUUUCUGUCUGCAGAUAAUGACUGUACUUAUGGUCAUCAUCAACAUUUACUGAACCCUUACUAAAAGUCAAACACUGUUCAGACUCUUCACAGAAUAAAUUGGGAGGGGGUGGAGGGGGAUGGGGAGGCGAGGAGCUGACAGAAGCACUUAGUAAAUAUAAAGCUGUAAAGAAUCGGUUUUAUUUGGGCGCUGCCAACAAACGAGUGGGCGUGAGGAAGCGGAAGGGAGAGCAAGCCAAAGGCAGCCCUGCCAUCUACACUUUUAAUGUUUUUAUCAUUGAGGUUUGGUUUUCAAAGAUGCCGCUCCUGCAUCCUGGGAUCUCGCAGACUGGUUUAUUAUUGCUGUGGAAAGCCUUUAGGGGCGGAAGUGGCCUAAUUGGGAAAAAGGCGCAGAGGAACUUCUGUGGCGUUCUCCUUGCAAUCACCACCAUCGAUCAGCCUUGGAACCUUUUACAUUUUAUUUUAUUUUUGAGUUUAAGGGAUCUCAUGAAGCAGAAAUAAUCACCCAGUUUGUAGUUAAUAAAGAACAUCUGGCAAAAUACAUGGAGAAUUUGGGCUGUAGGUGGAUGAAUAUUAAAAGGAAACGAGGUUUGAAAGGAAACGAAAAGUCUCAAUAUUUCUGGAAUUAUUCACAUUUUCCAAUAGAAUCUAUCUUUCCAUUUGUUAUAAAAGAAAGUAUAAGGUUUCAUUAAGAUGUGCAAAACCCCCCUUAAGAAAACUUUCGUUUAAAAAGUAAGGUCCUGCCGAACUGGCAUGGCUUGGUGGUUGAGCAUCGACCUAUGAACCAGGAGGUCAAGGUUGGAUUCUCGGUCAAGGCACAUGCUCAGGUUGAGGGUUUGAUCCCCCACAGUAGGGGGCGUGCAGAAGGCAGCCGAUUAAUGAUUCUCUCUCAUCAUUGAUGUGCCUAUCCUUCUCUCCCUCUCCCUUCCUCUAUGAAAUCACUAAAAACGUAUUUUUAAAAAAAUAUAUUUUAUUGAUUUUUCACAGAGAGGAAGGGAAAGGGAUAGAGAGCUGGAAACUUCAAUGAGAGAGAAACAUUGAUCAGCUUCCUCCUGCACAUCUCCUACUGGGGAUGUGUCCGCAACCAACGUACAUGCCCUUAGUCGGAAUCGAACCUGGGUCCUUUCAGUUCACAGGCCAACGCUCUAUCCACUGAGCCAAACUGGUUAGGGCUCACUAAAAACAUAUUAAAAAAAUAAAAUAAAAAGCAAGGUUCCUAGACCCUGGGGGAGCUUCAAGCCAUUCUACCCAGAACAUCAAAUACUUAAAUAAUGCUUUGUAGCUAUUUUUUCUUGGAUCAUAUUCUCUUUUUCCUAUUCCUGACUAGGAUCAGAUAUAAUAUGAAAAAACAAAAAACAAAAACCCAAGAAAUUUCAUUUGGGUUGCUGAAUUUGUUACUCAAUGUUUCUCCAUCCUUUAUCAGAAAAAAACAAUGUAGUGAAGUUCACAGUCAGCACUUCCUGGUUAGAACCCAGACACUUUUUUUCUCUUAAGUUAUUUUUUGUCUCAAGUUACUGGCAAUAACUAACGAAUACUAUUUUCAUCGUUUAUCUUCUUCAGAAUUGUAGGCAUUACACAUUCCAAUUCUAAACUUCUGAUUGACCAAGUAAUACCUUUGGUAUAUGCCUUAAAGAUAUUCUUCUAAGUUUGCUGGCGUUCAGAUGGCCCACAUUUCAUUUUCUAGUAGAAAAGCACCCUAAGUCCAUUGCUUUCCAGUUUUUCUCUCUGCGAAAACAAGGCUGAAAAUUCUGGUUUGUUACAAGGUUCAUCUUCCACAAAAUAAGGUCAGAGAGACCAAGUGGCUUAAGUUGCCUUUUAGCUUAGAAAAUUAGUCCUAACUCUUCAGCAUGCAGUUUUUAUAUUUCCUUUUCUGAAAUCUGGAGCUGAGUAAAGCCAGUUGACUGACUUUGUGAUAGCAAACUAUGGUCUGGCUGGUGAGAUAGCAAACUACAAUCCAAGUCAGCUUUAGUCCUGGUCUAAUUGCCUUUUCUAAAACAUGCCUGGUUUUUUUUCUGUCUUUCACUGGCCUCUCUACCCUCCCUACACCAUCCAUUAUCUUGGCCCCUCCCUGUUUGCAGGCUCACGUCUUUCUCAGCAGACAGACUCUAUUUCAGCUCUGCCACCCAGGGCAAAUCAGUUCAGUAUGAACACUGAUACUCAUCUCCACAUCAAACUUAACUCUAUGCUUCCAGCGAUUAAACCCAUCUCUUGCUUAAUUCUUUAACCUGUCCCUGAAAAUACUUACGCUAAGUCAAAAGUCACUGAGUGAAGAAAUAUUUCCAAUACUUUUUAAUUGGAAAAAAAUGAUGAAUUCCGUUUAGCCCGAGACACCCAAAUACCUUUUACAGACAUAAAAAUAGAUCAGUGGAGCAAUGAAAACAGUUUUACAUAAGAACAGCAAUUUGAAAUGAUAAUGUUUAUAGCAAUCACAUCAACUAUAAUGACUUGAGUGUUUACUCGUCUUUUUCUUUUUUUCUGUAGCAUUAAAAAAGCUUUAUGGAGGUACAAUUCACAUAUACAGUUCAUCCAUUAAAAGUGUGUAAUUCAGUGGUUCUAAAUAUA